ACUUUGGAGUACUGCUGGGAAGUAACAGCAGCAAUAUUUGCGUGUGAUUAUAACUGCGAUUUCCUUUGAAGACGAUCUUUUUCUGGAAAGAAGAGACUGAAAUCGAGAGGUCUAUUAGUAAAGUUUCUCUGUGAAGAAUAGGGACUUGCAUGGAUUUAUUAUUCAGCUSAUGCAAAGUUUUCUGACUCAUGCUAAGAAGUUUUAGACUGGGAAUACCUUCUAUAAACUUGAUUAUUUGGGUAUGUUUAAAGAUCAGCUUACUUAUGUCUUUUUUAUUGACUAAGYUGCAGUUCUGUUACAGGUACCAGCCUCUAUUAUCAUCCUAACAGAUGUGWUCUAGAGGACUCUUUAAAGAAGAAGGUACUAGAGCUCAAAAGUUCCAGUGUUAUGGUAGGAAAGAAGUGAUUCAUUGUGAGCAGCUCAAAAGCAAGAAUAAAGAUGUAGAGAAUCUUCUAGAAUUGGGUUCCCAUCAGUGUGUUGAAAUGGAAAGGUGUGAAAGCAAAGAGCUGGAUGUUGAAAUAAGGAAUCUGAUAGAGAGGACUAAAACUUCCCAGUUGUGUGAGAACCCGGGACCUAUUGCCCAAGAGUGUCCGAACAAGCAGGGAACUUCACRUUCCCUUAAGACCUAUAGUGAAUCAAAUGCUCCAGUCCCUUCUGGAUGUGCAUGGGCAGAUGUGAGUGAAAUGGAAGCAUCACCUGACCAGUUAAAAUCAAAGCACAUAUUAUUGACCAAAAAGAAGACUGUAACAGCUGAUUGUGUGGAACAACGCAUCCUCUCACUGGAGAGACAGAGACGAGAGCUACUGGAGGUGAACAAGCAAUGGGAUCAUCAGUUUAGAAGUAUGAAGCAGCGCUAUGAAAAAAAGCUGGUAGAAAUGAAAGCAAAACUUGACAUGUCACAGAGGAGAGUCAGCGAGCUGGAGGAAGAGAGGCAUCAAAAUCAUCCAGAAAAUGAGAGCUGGCAGUUCCUGGGCAGAGAUGGGCCGUUGCAGGAAACGAAAGAAAUAAGGAUCCUCACUGGYGCCCUCCAUGAAAUGAAGGAAGAGAACAAGCUCCUGAAGGAAAAAAAYGUCUCAAUGAUAAAGAAGAAAGAACACUAUGAAUGUGAAAUAAGUCGUCUCAAUAAGGCCCUUCUGGAUAUGUUGAAAAAGCAGCACUCCUCUGCUCUUGAGACUCCCUCAGCAAAACUGGAUAAGAACAGCCUUGAGGACAUGCGAACCCAGCUUGAAGUUCUUAGACAGCAGGUACAAAUAUAUGAAGAGGACUUCAGGAAGGAAAGAUCUGACAGAGAAAGACUUAAUGAAGAAAAAGAAGCACUGCAGAAGAUGAACAAGGGUUUACAGUCUCAACUGAAUAAACUAAAUUCUCAGAUUAAGGCCUGUCUCAAAGAAAAGGAACAACUAGAACGGCAGUUACAGCAGCAGACAAAAGACCUCCCAGUAAAGGCUGAGCAGCCCAGCUUCCCACCUCCAGUCUUUCUUUCACCCUGUGUUAAUUAUGGGAACUGUGGAUUGCUUCUUCAUUAUCAAGAUCCUCGAGUACAUCCAAAAUCUUGUGGAACACGUGAACAGCAACAGCACUCACCAGACUAUCAGUGGUAUGUUCCUGACCAGCUUCCGCCAGAUGUGCAGCACAAGGCAAAUGAUACAUCUUCAGAGAAAGGAGCCCAUCCCUGAUGACCUAUGACCUGCAGAAGCAUAGACCAAAGACUGCAAACUAGUCUUGCAUCUUCAUUAUUAUGUUUUGUUGUGACUUAUUUUUGCUCCUAGCUUCUUAUCUCUGCAGUGCAUAUUACUUAUGCCUGAUGAAAUCCUUGCAAGAACAAUAGAAAAGCGGCUCAUUCAGGCUAGUGAUCCUCAGGAUCCAGCUAAACUCUGCUGGGAAGCAUCAYUGCCCUUUGUUCUGAAGAUGCUGUUUGUGCUGGCUAUGAGAACCUAUUAAAAUGCCUUAUGAUAAAAGAUGCAGUUAUUGCUGGGGAUUCAGAAACUGCCACAUCUGUUUCAAAUUCAAGGGCUUUAAGCCCAAUAGUGUUGUGAUAUUUUUUUUUGUUUGAAAAUUACAGUCCUUUUUAUUUGAUUCUUGGGAAUGAUUUGUUGAUGUACGCUCUUGAAUUCUGUACUCUUUUCUUCUUGGUUGUUUGGUAAAAAGGAAAUCUGCUUUACUGUUUUAACACACUUGUGUAAUUGAAAUCAGGGUAUUAUGGAUAGCAUGCCACGUAGACUGCCUUACUCCCAUUUUGAGUCAAUGCUAGCUCUGCUUUUGAUUUGGCUCCAAAAGUAUAUGAAAAACAUAAUCAGAUUGUUACAUGUACUUAUUUGUAUCAAUAGAAUAUUAAUAUAAGUAUUUCAUGGGUUUAACUUCUCUGUGAAAAUGCCUUUAUAUUUCCAGAUGAUUCUAGUAAAGAAUUUGACUGUAGUGAUUCUGAACAUAGUUGUGUGACGUGUAUUCUGAGAAUAUAGCCUUCGUUUGUAAGUGAACAUGUAUCUGUAAAACUAUGAAACUUCUCAGAAACUAUGAAAUUUCAUAUGAAAUUAUGAGACUAAAACUUUUCAGAAAGUUGUGGUGAUGGAUGCUCAGCAGACAUUGCCCGGCAGUCUGCUUGCAAGGUUGUCUCUUCCCUUCAGGCUUUUUUAACAGCAUAGUUUCUGGAAGGUAGGUACCAAAACCUCCUGGAAUUCCCGGUGCAAGAAGGAACCAAGAUUUUUGCACCAGGAGGAGAAAGUCAUGUGAAAUGUCCUCUGUACUUUUCUGGUGACUCAGAAGUAGCUAAUGAGAGUUGAAAAUCCUAUUAAAAACACCAGAGCUGUGCAAAGGCCGAGUGGUCAGAGAUUGUCUGCACAUGUGACUUCUACUUUUAGAACUUAAAGGUCUCUG